AUGGCCACCACCUCCGGCGUUCACAGUGAGGACGAUGAUCCCGCUCUGAACGACUAUCUGAAUGAUGACGACCCCUCUCAGGGCUCCAUGCAUGAGGGGUCCCCCUCGGACUCCAAGCUUGGCUCUCAGUCCUUGCCGAUGCAGAAGCGCAGACGAGUAGGUCGCGCUUGUGACGAGUGCCGUCGAAAGAAAAUCAAAUGUGAUGGCAAACAGCCCUGUACCCACUGUACAGUUUAUAGCUAUGGUGGGAUAUUCCCUUCAACCCUCCGCUUCCCCGCUACAUACCGGUAUCGCACGUGGCUAACAUUCCAUUCGUUAGAUUGUACCUAUGACCAACCCUCUAAUCGCCGCCGUAACCCCGCCCCUCAAUAUGUCGAAGCCCUCGAAGCACGUAUGCACAAGGCCGAAGCCCUUCUACGAAGUGUAAUCCCCGAUAUCAAUCUUGAUGACCCUCAACUGGACAUGCGUGCGACAGAGCAGCGAUUGAAGAAUGCCCAGAAAGAGAAGCAAACACCAUCGGGCCCUCUACCCAAGCCCCCGACGGCCCCAACCGCCCCUCCAGAGACCGGGCAAGAAGGAGGGGAAGAAUCGCUGUUGGAGACAAUGGUGGACAACUCAGGCUUCCUUGACCGCGACGAUCAAGGACACUGGGAUUACCAUGGACAUACCUCCGGCAUCAUCUUCGCGCGACGCCUGCGCAAACAACUCGGCGCCGAUAUCCCCCUUGCCCAGCCUCGCGGCAUGUCCCAGAUACUCGAGAGUCCCAAGUCCGUAACAGGGUCACCACAGGAUGCAGCAUUUACACCAACCAACGAUUUGCCAGACCGUGAAGUAGCUCGCCGCCUGUGUCACAAUGCGAUCGACCAUGCAUGCUCACUGAUGCGGUUCGUGCACGAGCCUUCUUUCUUUGCCAACCUCGAUCGCAUCUACGAGACGCCCCCGGAACAAUACACCAACGAAGAAAACUCAUUCAUACCACUUCUGUACAUUGUAAUGGCUGUUGGGUGCCUAUUCUCUGACGAUGGGGCUGGCACCCUGGAUUUUGCUGGAUACGAAGGAGCCAUUGGCCAAGGUUUUGUCUUCUUCAAAGCAGGUCGGCAGUUGCUUGAAGUCACCGAUUGCCGUGAUCUGACCUCGCUACAAGCCAUUUGCUUCAUGAUUCUUUUCCUACAGUCUUCUGCUAAACUGAGCACUUGCUACUCUUACGUCGGAAUUGCACUUCGUUCAGCUCUACGCUUGGGUCUGCAUCGUGCAGUGACUGCCGAUUUUAACCCCAUCGAGCGAGACUUACGAAAGCGUAUUUUCUGGGUCGUCCGCAAGAUGGAUGUCUACGUCAGCACCCUUCUAGGCCUCCCUCAGAUGUUGAGCGAGGAUGACAUUGACCAGGAAUAUCCUUUGGAAGUUGAUGGCGAUUUCAUCACUAGCCAGGGCAUCCUUCAAAUGCCUUCCGAUUACACUCCAUUAAUGGCAGGAUGCAAUGCGCACACACGCCUAUGCAAUGUCAUUUUGAAGGUAGUCAAGUACAUCUACCCCGUGAAGAAUGCUCGCCAUCGCUCAAAAUCCAAUCAUCGGUACAUGGUCAGCCAUUCUAAGAUUCGUGAAAUUGAGCGCGAUCUUCAGACUUGGAUGGAGGAGCUACCAGCAGCUUUGCGGCCCGGCACUGAGGUGUCACCCCAACUGGAACGAAUUCGCCAACUGCUCCGAAUCAGCUAUGCGCAUGUGCAGAUGGUCAUGUAUCGCCCAUUCCUACACUACGUCUCUGGAGGGUCACAGGCGCGUGGCGUCGACAAGCGAUCAUAUGCUUGUGCAGCGGCGUGUGUCAGUGUGUCCCGAAACAUCGUUCACAUCACGACUGGAAUGCAUAAGAGGGCCCUACUCAACGGCUCAUUCUGGUUUACGAUGUACACGACAUACUUUGCCAUUCUCUCCUUGAUAUUUUUCGUUCUCGAGAACCCUGACUCGCCCACGGCAAAGGACGGUGUUCUUAAAGAUGCCAUGGAAGGCAAGAAUACGCUGGCUGGACUAGCUAAGAAGAGCAUGGCAGCAGACAGGUGCUCCCAGAGUCUGAACUGCCUCUUCAAGACCUUACCAGAGAUGUUGAAGAACCGCCAGAGCUCUAAGACCCCUGUUAACCUCAAGCGAUCGGCCCCCUCCGGUGUUCCUGCUGAGGCCGAGCCUGUCCAAAUAAAAGCGGAGCAGAUGACUUUGCCUCAUCGUUCAAGUACUUUCCCGGCACAAAUGAUGUCAAACAACCCCAAACUCAAUCCGACAAGCCGUCGACAGAAGAGUAUGGACACUACUACUCAGUUCAACAACCGGCCCACUGAGAGCGGUACUCAGUCGGCCUGGAUGGCUGCUUCGCCAGAAUUGUUAACGGAAGCUAUGUCCACACCUGAGCCUGUUUCCGCGACCUCUCUUGGCUCCUCAUUCUCCAACCAAGAUCCAUCAAGCUUGGCAUGGGCCCAGCAAUUUAGCAACCCGAACAAUCUCCCUGAUCUCAUGCCUAUGAUGUUCCCGUCCGACGAUCCCUUUGCUUAUCCCACGCAGCCGAUGUCAACAUUAGAAGACGACCACUUCCGACAUGACCGAGCAGGCAUUCCCCAACCUUCUUUCCCUUUCGAUCAGUCUGCAGGAAGACCUCCUAGUACUCCAGGCGACCCGAAUAUGCCGUCGCCCAAUUUUGAUAGCUUCAGCAACCUCCCUGGCUUCUCUGUCGGAACACACGGUGGCAUCAAAUCUUCGGUACCUAACCGCCUCCAGGCUAGCAACACUCAAUCCAUGAACUCCUCGCGACUGAACUCGCCCAUUUCGCAGGUGCAGUCGCCCAGCGAAGCUCUCAGCAGCCCGGAUUUGGUUUCCAUUCCGAAUCAGAACUUCGUUUGGCAAGGGUACAAUUUCCAACCGAGCAAUAUCGCACCCCAGCCUCCGACUUCCCAAUCACAAGAAAAUCCGGCCCCCAAUGGCAACGGCAACGGCAACGGCAUUCUAGAUUUCAAUAUGGGUCUGGACGAGAAUUCCAUGGGCUUGAAAAUGGAAGGAAUAUCCUUCGACGAUCUCUUCGGGAACAAUGCUGCCUACAACCCAGGCAACUUGGCUCCUAACGAUGACUGGACUCAGUGGAUGAAUGCAGGCUCCUGA